AUGGCUUUACCAGCGGUGAAGACACUCCACGAGUGCCUGUCCUUCGAUGACACCGUUCUUCGAUACCUCCCUCAGCUAUACGACCUUCCGCAACAGAUUAUUAAAUCAUGGAACAACUCUGCAGAGUUGCAAGAUCUCUACUUGUCUACGAAUCCCCUCAUCACGGCCUUCGCAUUCUCGCUAUUUCUUGCCCCAUUGUUUCUCCUCAUAUCAGAAAUCAAUAAGAACUACAGCCAGGUAGACAGGAUGUGGAGUAUAUUACCUACUCUGUAUAUUGCCCACUACACGCUAUAUGCGCAUAUGUCUGGUCUGCCAACCGAGCGUCUGGACCAUCUGGUUGCUGUUAGCACCGUGUGGAGCGUGCGGUUAACCUUCAACUACUGGCGGAAAGGAGGAUAUAAAAUUGGAGGAGAGGAUUACCGAUGGGCAAUCCUCAGAGAGCGCAUCAACCCCGCCGUCUUCUUCAUUUUCAACGUCCUCUUCAUCUCCCUCGGACAAUCCAUCCUCCUCUUCCUCAUAACGACGCCACCAUAUGUUAUGCUGUUGGCAGCACGCUUGAGGCCGGAAAUGUCUAUGGUUGAUAUCAUAUUCCCGAGAGCUCUAAUGCUGCUAAUACUCCUCGAGUUCACUGCGGACCAACAGCAGUGGAACUUUCAAACCGCAAAGAAAUUAUAUCAAAAGACCGCCAAACUCCCUCCUAAAUUCGAGCAAGAGGAUCUAGACCGCGGAUUCGUUGUCACUGGCUUAUGGUCAUGGAGCCGCCACCCAAACUUUGCAGCAGAGCAAGCCAUUUGGGUCGUUGUUUAUCAAUGGGGUUGUUACAUUACUGACACUUUGUACAACUGGACGCUGGUUGGAGCAAUCUCCUACCUGGCACUUUUUCAAGCCUCGGCAUGGUUCUCGGAGUCUAUUUCAGCAGGGAAAUAUCCCGAGUAUAAGGAAUAUCAGAGAAGAGUUGGGAAAUUCAUCCCAAGGCUUAGUUCGGACCUUCCGGGUGAUUUUAGCGACGAGAAGGUCACCCCAGCUGUGGAAGAGAAGAAGAAGAAGGGUGCUGUGGCUGCGAAGAAAUAG